UUUGACUUUCACCAUUCCACCAGUUGUUGCACACAUCAUUUAUUUAUUACUGUUUGACUUGAAUUUUCAUUUUGUGUUAUUAUUCUGAAUUUUCAUUUCGAUUACAAAUUCACAAAAACCACUAUUCAAUGUAGCACAAAAUGUUCCCCUAAAAUUUGUGGAACACAAAUAACCCAAAAUGUGACUCGACUUUAAAACCUAACAAAACUUUUGAGUUUAAAACGUUUUUCUUUUUUUACUACGUUUUAUUUAAUUACCUAUUGCCGAUAAAUCUUUAAUCGCAAAUUUAUGAUUUAAUUAACGAAAGACAAAACCUCAAUAAUUCAUGGUUUAGAUUUAGAUUGCAAUAAUUACUUCAAUUUACUGUGUAAUCAAUCGUACAUAAUUGUAUUAAUUAAGCAUGAAAUAUGGUUUAAUUUAGGAAUUAGGUAAAGGGUAGGCUAUUUCCGUCUUCCAUUGUAUACUACCCAUAACUCUGCCAAAUACAUAAUUGAGAUUAGUAACUAACUCCAGAAUUGACGACAAUGAAUUUUAAUAUUUGCCAAAGUAAUACCUAGUUCUUCCAAACCAAACGUUCGUAUUGUCACAAUCAACAAGUUCAAAAGAAAGUCUUAAUUGUUAAUUAUAAAUUAUGCUGUUUCUACUGCCAAAUCUGCCGAUAAUCGGAUGAAUGGAUCGUGAUGAAUAUGAGUCUAGAAGAUUCCUCGGAAGACGAGAGACAUUUACUCUUGGACCAUCAGUUUCGCCAAGAAAUUGAAGACAUUUUUAGAUCAGUCUCCAGCAUUAAAUCCAAGAUUGUUCAAGAUGAUGUACAAGAUAAUAGAAGCAAAGAACAAUUUGCACCAUCAAUGGAACAAAUUGCUACAGAUACGUGGAACAAGUUCUCUUCGAAACAUCGAACUUCACCAUUUUGCGUGAACAAUAAUAUCAAAUCGGCUUCAAGAACAGGUGUAAAGCUACAUCAAACUACCAACAACAAAGCUCAAUCUUCACAAUUUCUGACUAAUAAAGGAGCAGAAAAUGUGUCCAAUAAGUUUAGACAACGAUACGCGAAGGAGGGUGGUGACCACCUCAUAUUAAAAUGUGUUCUCCAUGUCACAUUCCAAUUUUUGAAGUUGGUCUACAAGCUGAUCAAAAUUGUUGGGAUUGUAAUACUCGUCCUGUUCUGUUUCUACUGUAUUUUUAUUUUGCACAAACCCACUCAGAGGUUUAUCUCCAGGAACACGCAAGACCUUAUCUACCCCUUGAUGAGAGCAUUGAGACUGAUGUCAAUCCCUGUCGUAGAAAUGUUUCCGAUUUUGACAGACUACUAUGAAGAAUCUUGUCUCAUACACAACCCAUACUAUGAGAUUGAAGAACUAGAAUGUUGGCCGUGCGAAUCUGUACGUCAUGUUAUGGACUUAACGGGGUUGUCAAACUUUUCUGCAGGAUAUCACCACACCGGGAUACCGUUUGUGGUGAAGGAUGCAUUCUUGUCGGAAAUUAACAUGGGGAAGAUUCGCAAAAUUGUUUCGGAAAAUCCUGAUAUACUUGGAAAAUCAUUUGUGGAGACGAAUCGUUUUGGAGUUACCACUUUGAAAAACAUCCUUGGUUCUCAUUACUCGGAAGCAUUUAACUCCGAUGAUUUCCACAUGAAAUGGUACAUCAACCGAGUGGUAAUUGCUCGACUUUGGAGAAAUUAUUUUCCCAAGCCAUACUUCAUUCCGAAAUCUACUGAAGUAUCAGUACAGCAUUUUUUAUUUGUGGAUCGACCACUAUCUAAAACCUAUAGACUGCCGUUGACUGAAUUCGCAAAUGUGUUCCUAACUCAAGCCAGUGGAAGCCGUUCUGUUGUUCUCAUUCCUACAAAAAACUGCCAAAAAGAAUGCAAAGUCGUAUCUGCAGUACUCAAACCGAAAGAUGUUUUAUUUUAUAAUUGGCUGUUUUGGCGUCCAAUGUCCGUCGCAGCAGAUUCUACUUCGUUUCAAACUACUAGUGUUACCUUCCUAGGAAGCUUUUACUGAAUUCAUCGUUGUUCCCAGGUGUAACUCAUUCCGGUUCAAAGUGUUAACAAGAAUCAAUCAAAUGUUUUCUGACGCGUCUUCCAUUCCAACAUUUUAUCAUCACAACCAUCAGGUGCCUUGUAUGCACUCGUUUUCAUGUAACUUUUUCAGCAGAAUUUUGUACUUUGUUGUUUGUUAUUAUUACUGCACUGCUAAAUUAAAUUGUAAUACGACCAGUAUUAUCCAGGAAAAUAAUUCAACUUCAAUGACUUGAAGUUCCAAUUUGCUAUGCAUGUAAUUGUUGAUACAAGAAAUAAACCGAAUAGACAAGAACAA